UGUUUGAAAAAUAAAUAAACAAAUACAGUAAAUUGUGUCUCUUACUCUCUCUCUCCCUCUCCCUCUCCCUCUGUCUCCUACACCCACCAAACCAAAACGCUUCCUUAAUCAUAAGAUUCAGAACAAAACCCAUCACCACCAUUCAUUAAAGUUCAAUCCUUUUCACUUUAAUUCAUCAUUGCCGUUUCGUUUAAGCACAAAAGCUAUGCCGAACUGGGAGCUCAGGAACUGUUGUGACCAUGACCAGAAGAUCUUCAUUGCUUGUGUUGCUGCCUUCACCGUUGUAAUCCUCGUGCUAUGGAGGACCUUUCUACUUACACCUUUUAAGCUCAUCACUGUGUUUCUGCAUGAAGCGAGUCAUGCCAUUGCUUGCUGGCUCACUUGUGGCAAGGUGGAGGGAAUUCAGGUUCAUGCAAAUGAGGGUGGGGUAACCCAGACUCGUGGUGGCAUAUACUGGGUGAUCUUGCCUGCUGGAUAUCUUGGUUCAUCAUUUUGGGGAAUGGUUUUGAUACUUGCGUCCACAAAUCUUCUCACUGCAAAAAUUGCUGCUGGUUGCUUCAUUGCUGCUCUAAUUGUUGUUCUAUUUCUUGCAAAAAAUUGGACCCUCCGAGGACUCUGUAUUGGAUUUAUUGUUUUUAUUGCUGUAAUUUGGCUUCUGCAAGAGAAAACAACUGUCCAUGUUCUUCGCUAUGUCAUUCUCUUUAUUGGUGUGAUGAACAGUUUGUUUUCAGUUUAUGAUAUUUACGAUGAUUUAAUAUCUCGGAGAGUCCACUCUAGUGAUGCUGAAAAGUUUGCAGAAGUUUGCCCAUGCCCUUGUAAUGGUUUUGGAUGGGGAGUUAUUUGGGGAAUGAUAUCAUUUGCAUUUCUUUGCGCAUCUUUGUACCUUGGCUUGGUCAUAUUAUCAGGUUGAGAAAGUUGUAUUUGGUACUGCAAAGAAAUUGACCCUUUCUCUUUUGAGGGUUUGCAUUUUUGUUCUAAUUUUUUCUUUCUGCUGGGAGUUUGCUCUCUCAAUGUUACUCCCAUGCCUUCAUUCUUUGCACAGCCUAUUCUGGGUUGCUUGAUACAUGAUUGCUUUUGUAUAGAAAACUUAGUUCCAUGUAUUGAAUUAUUGGGGGCCGAUUUACAGUUAGUGAAAUACAUGUGAGUAUUUCAAUAGAUAGGUUGCCUUUGGCACUUGCAGCUAUUAUUCUCCCUUUUUUUCCCUCCAAAUUUUUCAUGUUUAUGUAAAAGCAUACAACUGGGCUGGUUUAGGGGUAUUCGAGACCUUAAGUGCAAAACGUUGUGGCAUCUUAAUAAUAUAAAAUACAUUGUACAAAA